AAUAAAUAAUAAAUGGGCAAAAAGGAAACAAAGGAUAAGAAACCAGCAUAAUUCAAGUAAAAAACUAUUGAUAACAUAAAUUAGAAAGAUUUAUGAAUUAUUGUCCAAAUAUACACAAGUAAUUAUUGUUGGAUUAGCAAAUGUUGGAUCUAAAUAAGUCUAAGACAUUAGAAGAAUAUUGGCUAAGAAAAAUGCUCUAUUAGUUAUUGGCAAAAAUGUAUACAUCAUUAUUAAAUAUAAUAUUUCUAGACUCUUUUUAAAAAAGUAUUAUCAACAAGAGUUCAAGAUUUACCAGAUACUCAUGAAUAUUAUGAAGAAUUAAAGAAAUUUGGCAAUGCAAUAAGAGAAUUAGAUUCUUUAAAAAAUUAAGUUGCAGGAAAAGUUGGAUUUAUCUUUACAGAUACACCAGUCUUUGAUUUAAAACCAAUAAUAGAAGAAAAUAAAGUUGAAACACCAGCAAGAGUUGGUGCUAUUGCUCCAAUUGAUGUUGUCAUUCCACCAGGACCAACUGGUAUGGAUCCAGCUUCAAUUUAAUUCUUCCAUGCACUUUAAAUUCCUACUAAAAUUGAAAAAGGUUAAAUUUAAAUCACUAAAGAUUUUGUUGUCUUAAAAUCAGGAUAAAAAGUUGGGUAAUCUUAAGCUGUUCUCUUGUAAAAGUUAGGAAAGAAACCAUUUUUAUAUGGGUAUAUAAUUAAUUUUAUUAUUUUAAGUAUGGAAGUUCUUUCCUGUUAUGAUAAUGGAUCAAUUUUAAAUAAAUAAUAAGUUUCAGUUAAUUUGAACGAUAUUGUAACUAAAUUCCAAUAAAAUGUCUAAAAUAUUUCAGCUAUUUCUCUAUAAAAUGGUAUAAUUAAUUUUUAUUAUUUAAUUAGGUUGGAUUAAUGAAGCAUCAGCUCCAUAUGUAUUAGCAAAUGCAUUUAAAGAUUUAGCAGCUAUCGGUUUAUAAAGUGGAUUCAUUUUUGAUCAAAUUAAAUAAUCAAAUGCACCAGUCACUGCUGCUCCAGUUGCUGCUAAAGUUGAAUAAAAACCAGUUGCACCAUAAGCCCCAGCUAAAGUUGAAGAACCAGAAGAAGAUGUUGAUAUGGGAGGUUUAUUUGAUUGAUCAUGAAAACAAUAGUAUAUUAAUAAUACAUACAAAUAAAAUACAGUAG